GGAGCAGUUGUUCUGCUAGCGUCCCUCUACUCCACACAACAUAAGGGAACAUAUAGCGCUGCACUAGCUUAAGCUUUUCAGGAAAAUCAUUUCACUAUUUUUGAAAACUAAACUUUGACAAUAAUGGAACUUUUCGAGACCAAUCCGUAUUUUUUCCCUGAUCAGCGAUUUUACGAAGGGAAUGAUAAUUUCUACCAGUCUAGACUUCCAGGGGGCUACGACCAAACCGGCUUCCAGGAUCGGAGCACCAUGAUGGGCUUGUGCGGUCCGACAGGGGUGCCCCAAGUGGUGGAGGACAAGCCAUCUCCGAACAGCAGCUUGUCCCCUCACUCUGACAGCAACACACCCCAUUGCCCGGGACAAUGCCUUCCCUGGGCCUGUAAGCUUUGUAAGAGGAAAACCGUGACCAUGGAUCGGCGUCGAGCGGCGACUUUGAGAGAAAAACGCCGCUUGAAGAAAGUGAACGAGGCUUUCGAUGCUUUGAAGAGGAGUACGCUGAUGAACCCAAACCAGAGGCUACCCAAAGUGGAGAUUUUGAGAAGUGCCAUCCAGUACAUCGAGAGACUGCAGGCGCUGGUGUCGUCCCUGAAUCAACAAGAGAACGAGGCGGGACAGCAAGGAAUACACUACAGGCAAAGUCAAGCACAGCCCCGAGUGUCCUCCUCGAGCGAGCCCAGCUCUGGGAGCACGUGCUGCAGUAGCCCUGAGUGGAGCAGCACCCCUGAGCAGUGCCAGAGCUACAGCAGCGAAGAUCUGCUGAGCACGGCGGACUCUCCAGACCAGGGGAACAUGCGGGCGCUGUCCUCCAUCGUCGAAAGCAUUUCUGGGGCUGACGGAUCGGUGGCUUUCGGUGACAUUCCCAAGUAGAGCCUCCAACCGAGACAACCAGGCCACGGGCAGCCAACUAAACCAACAACCACACUUUUAACAGGGCUAAUUUAUUUAUUUAAACAAUUUGAUGCAAAAUAUUAAAUUAUUAAGUUAUUAUUGAGGUUUAAAUUAUAAUGAGGUAGUAUCAGCUGCUCAGUGGUCUGACAGAAAUGAUAAGACAUAAAUUCCGAUUGUACUUUUCACAACUUUUUAUGCCACAUUCUUGUGCUCACAAAAUGGUCCAUAGUUUUGAAUUCAUCAUGGUAGUAAAUUAAACUUCCAUAACUUCCACUACUUCUUAACUUCCUAAACCUAACUGUGGCUUUUGUCCUCACCAAGUUGCUCCUAUUAGCUUGUUGUUAGCGCCUUUCAAAUUAUAAUGGUGAAUGCGAAUAUAAUAGGCUCUGUGCACAACAGCGGCAACCUCAC